AUGUACGCAGAAAACAACGGUAGCCAGACUGUCGACCCCUACUCUGACGCCUACACGGCGCCGGCUCCUCCUGCGCCCCCCUCUGAGGAGCCUGCUCCACGAGGCAGGUCUCGCUCCCGCAGCCCACCCCGCAGCCCGUCUGGCACCAAUGGCAGGGAUAAGGACAGCGGUCGCGACAGAGACCGUGACAGGGACCGCGACCGUGACCGUGACCGCGACUACCGCAGCCCUCCUCCUUACCGUCGACGGUCCCCGCCUCCCAAGAGGACCCCAGUCGCCCCCAACCCCUCCAACGUUCUUGGCGUCUUUGGUCUCAGCAUUCGAACCCGGGAACGCGACUUGGACGACGAGUUCAGCAGGUUCGGUCGCGUCGAAAACGUUACCAUCGUCUAUGAUCAAAGGGUCGGUGCAGUUGUUUCGCUUGACAAGACCGGAACUAACCCUAGUCAGCAGUCCGACAGGUCGCGUGGGUUUGGUUUCAUCCGCAUGUCCAGCGUUGAGGAAGCCACUCGCUGCAUUCAAGAGCUGAAUGGUAUCGAACUCAAUGGUCGCCGCAUUCGUGUCGACUAUUCCGUUACUGAUCGCCCCCAUGCUCCCACCCCUGGCGAGUACAUGGGCCAUCGUCGUCAGCGCGACUCUUACAGGAGCGAUCGUCAUGAUCGCGACUACCGCGACAGGGACCGUCGUGACAGGGAUCGUGAUCCUUAUGGCCGCGACCGUGACUGGCGCGAUAGGCGCAGCCCCCCUCCUCGCCGCUACUCUCCCGACCGUGAUCGUGACCGUCGCCGCAGGAGCUACUCCAGGAGCCCCCCACCCCGCAGCCCCCCUCCCCGUAGCCGUGACUAUGAUGCCCCGGCCUCUACCAAUGGCAACGGCGACUCUUCCUCGCGUUGGUAA